CACAAUAAAAAGUCAAUAUCUUUAACGGUAACGCGAAUACUGAACAAAAACCGCACGCACGUUGACUUCAUUCAAUUCCAUGCAAUGUCGCUGAAAUGGAAAUUCACGUUGUACUAAAUAAGAACUCGUUUUAUUGAUUUGCUGUGCGCAUCUAAGUGACCUUUAACCUUUAUUUGCAUGUGUUUGAAAUUUCGCGAACAACAAAAGAGAAAAAUUAAUUGCGUUGUUUUUGAGUGUACAAAAUGUUUCAAACGUCAUUAAAUAGUUAAGAAAAUAAUUUGGUAGUGUUGCCAAAAAUUAUGAAAUUCGACGGGCAGCAAAAUGUCACAAGUCCUGAGCACCUCCCUACAAAAUCUCCUAUAACAGAAAAUCAUCACACAUUCCUCGACUCUACCACAACCAAGGGCGAUACUAAUACCACAGCAACCAUAAAUGCAAAUUCCACCACUUCGUCCGUUUCUCAGGAAAUAGAGUUGAAAAAUAAUCCUACCUCCACAGUGCGCACCCAAAAUUUUUCCUUUGCUAGUACCUACCGCCCAGAGACCAAUACUUUCAAUAACAGAUACGACAAUCCCCAAUCCCUAGGCUUAUAUCCAUACAAGCCCAUUGCAGCCUUUACUAUCCUUAAUAACGAAGAGGUUGCUAACGCCUUGGAUAGGGGCAAACCUAACGCGAUUGUGCGACCAAUUCGUCGUUUCGAUAAGCCGGAAUUGGCGCGACCCAUUCGUCAUAAUGCUGCCGUUACAGAUGAAAAUACUUUGUGGCCUCCCCCGCAAGAACAUCGCCAGAGGAAUAACUUUUCGUCCACAUCAUCGAAGAAAAUAACCCAUUUGUCCUCGGUAAGGCCAAAUGAAGAAAUCAUUGAACAAUUAAAGGACGAACUAAGUCAGAAGCUAUAUAAUUUAAAUUACACAACUAGUCCAGAGUCUUGGACCAACUCUAGACACUCUUCAAAUGUAAGCCAACACGACCACGUUAUCAAACGCCCUCUAUUUAUUACCACGGUACCCACUGGUGUAUUCCUACCACCCCCUAAAGAACCUCCAAUACCAUGGUUUUUGAAACCUCAUAUAUAUGCAUAUUCCUCACACCCAGUCGUAAUGACAAGUGGCGGUGGCAUCGCAUCCAUCGACGGCAAUGACAAAGCUCACAAUAAGGACGCAGUAGAAUCAACAAAGAUCUCUACCAGCGAUAAGGUAUUCGGAACCAAAUCGUUCAAUAAUACAAACUUAAAUUUAAAAGCAAAUACUCAUGUACCGAAAAAAAUUGCUACAAGCGCGAACGGAACGUCAUUGAAUAGCAUGAGGAAUGACCAAUCGCCCCCUCCUUCAUCACGGUAUUCUUUAACUGGUGGUGUAAAUCUUACCAAACAACAGUUUCAGGAGCAAAUUCAGCAACGCCGUACGAAAAGGGACACUCCACCACAACCCUAUCGCAAUGUCAUGUACGAUCGCCGUGUUAUUCGCGGAUCCGUAUUCGGUGCUCAACAGCUGUUGGAAAACUCUGAUCCCUUUGAUAAAGCAGCCGAAAUACGACGCCGUCACGCGAUACGAAAGCAAAAGGUUUGUCGAAAUCAGCGUAAUGUUCUUGGGACACCGCCACCUGUCAACGGUCGUCGACACGAAGUUAUACAAACAGAGAAAUAUUUGGAAGAACUAUUGCAACGUCCCCCAGAAUUUUCCGUUGAUACACAAACAGAUUUGUUCCUUGAAAAACCACCAGAACCACCUUAUGUGCCCGCCAAAGUGGGUGUUGACGUCGCAACCGAAAUAGCCGAUGGUGAACUAUUCCACUUCGAUGCUGAGGCACAGCCUAUCAUCGAUAUACUUGUGGAUUCUUGCAUCGAACAAAGCAUGUUGGAGGUAGCGCACGAGCAAGAGAUUGCUGCACUUCGUCAAAAACAAGCAGAAUUUCUCGCGAAACGAGAAGCCGAGUUGGCAGAGCUUCGACGUCUUGAAGCUGAAGAGUUACGCUUGCAAGCCGAGAAGGAGCGCCGUUUACAACAAGAUUCCAUUGCAAAAGAAUUGGAUGAAGAAAUGCAAAAGAGCGUCACUGCUGCCAAAUUAUUACAGGGUCAUAUUGCAGGAUUAUUGCCAGAGGUUUUGGAUAACCUUGAACCAGCUACGGAUGCAGCCAAGAAGGAGCAUCUGAUGAAGACUAUCGCACCUUGGUUGACUGUCGAGGUAGCAGAAGAAGUUGGCCAUAUUGUAGACUCCCGUGAAAUACUCACUGUCAUCAUACAAGAAAUUAUUAAACAACGCGCCACUGCUUAUGCUGGUUAUAAGGAGGAUAUGCCGUUGGAAACAGUAAUAGAACGGGGUGAGGAUGACAUAUUGGAGGAGGUAGCGAAAGAGGAAAUGUGUACUUGUGAGUCGAGUGAUAUCAGCAGUGAGAAAACGGAUAAGUGUGACGACUUAUCGAAGAAUGUGUAAUUAAGUAAGCUAGUUUCCUAUUAUGGGACUCAACUGAUCCCAACACUCAAAAGCUUUCUAAAGAAUAGAAGAAUAUCAAAAUUGUUAGAUGAACACAUAUGUAUGUAUAUAUGUUUGAUUUUGGGAUACAAUGAAAUUCAUUUGUUUCAUACAUCAAACCACGAUUGCAAACCUGGAUUUGAAAUGAUUUGUCAUGACAGUUUUGGUUCGUUGAUUGUGAGUACAAAAAAGAGAAAUAAUGAAUUCGGUUUCACAAAAUUUUUUCGAAGUGUAAAUGUAUAUCCGUCAGAAUAGGGGAAAAAAUUAAAUGGUAGUUCAAAAAUGAUUUUAAAUACCAAAAAUGUUUCCAUAGUCAGAAAUCUUAUAAUCAGAGAUGUUCGAUAAACGAAACGAUAUUAUGUCUUAGCGGCGCAUGUACGAAUUCAUUGUUAACGUUAAUUGUAUGGGGUGCUGGCAAUAUCUCAAAGAAACGAGUGGUAUUCUUUCCGAUGGUAACUUAUGGCAUUGCCAGUAUACAGAAAUUUAAACUUUUUAAAAAUUAGUUUUGAUAACUGCUUCAACGAUGAUUUCUCCAAACGAUUAAUUUGUAAAAAGUUAGAUGGAUAGAAGAUGAUUCGAUCAUCUUUAUAUAAUUUUCGCACACAUUUAAAGGUGUUGGUUCUACUUUAUAGAUAUUUUUACCAUAAAACUACGUACCCAAGUAUAUUAAUAAUAAAUUGUGCUAGCCACUGGCGUGUAUCUAGACUAGAAGUAUCCUUUCUUUGGCACAUACAGAAAAUCUAUAUUUUUGAAAAAAACUAUUCACUGUAUAUUAAGUACCAAUUUAUGUAGUUAUGAUGUUGACUUUAAGAAGGAUAAAUUCAUACAUACUCAAGCAUCCAUAUUAAUGUAUUAUUAUCAAGGCUGCAUUAUAACGAUAAAUUAUCGUUAAAGCCGUUAUCAAAGUAAACUUGUUUUCAUUUUUACCCGAAACGAAAAGCUGUCGUUAAUAUUAAGUCUUUAACAGAUAAUAUUUGACAUCAAAAUUGAAAUCUGCUCUUAAAUCAUCACAAGCAGCCAUUUUAACGUUAACGAUGAGUUUUCUGCGGUUUCAACGUUGACAAUUUAAUUUCGUUGAGUUAUUUUUGCUUGUUAGAAAAACGGAAUAAUAUCGUUGCGAUUGUUGAGUAUCUCUGAUGAAUAUAAACAUAUCUACUCUUACUGGUACUUACAAUUAUCGAAUUAAAGUUUUAAAUUCCAACUUAUGCGAAGGUCGAUUGGUUAGCAUAAAAUAAGGUUAUGUUAAUGAACGAAAUCAAUCGCAAAGGCAAAUCCUCUUGAAAUUUUGCCCUUCAAAAGACGAAUUAUGCAUAUUAUACUUUACAUACAUACGUGCAUACAUAUGUGCAUACUUUUAUGUUGGUCAACGUUUAUCAAUAAUGUGCGGCACAAUAGUCUUGAUUUUAUGCUUAUCCAAAUUAUUGAAUUAUUUCAUUUUCUUAAUUGCAAAUCAAUAUUGUGGCCAUUAAAUGACAUUAGAUGAUAGGCUGGAGUUAGUUCAAGUGGAAAAACGCCUUUUUAGCAAAGACCGGUGAACUUUAUUGAUAUAUGUAUGUACUUUGGUUUUGAUAACAUUUUGUAAAUACUUUCCUAUCCUACCGCUUAGGAACCACAGAAAUAAGUAAUUAUAAAUUUACAAUAGUAUUCAAAAAUAAACAGAAAUAAAAUAUUACAUACUUUUCGA